UCCCCCAGAUGUAAAACGUCUUUCAAGUGGAAAUUAUACUAACGCGCUGGCCAUUUCCUCACCAGUCACCACUCUCGCUGAUCUCUCUUGAACCAAAACCCUAACUGAGCCUCUCAUCUCUCGAACUCUCACAUCACUCUCUCGAACUCGCUCAUCUCUCUCGUUCCCUCUCCCUCUCACUGAAUCUCACUAUCCCUUUCACGCGAAGCUCACUCUCGAACGGAAACCCUAAACACAUCAUUCACAAAAUUAUUCGUAUUUUCUAUUGAUUCGUUUAAUGUUUGUUAAACGGUGUUUGUUUGUUUUUCGUUUUGUAGUUCCAUCAGUACCAGGUUGUCGGGAGAGGUUUCCCAACGGAAUCAGAUCCAAACCCAAAAAAAUUUCGUAUGAAGCUUUGGGCUACCAAUGAAGUUCGUGCUAAGUCCAAAUUCUGGUAUUUUUUGAGGAAGCUAAAGAAGGUGAAGAAGAGCAAUGGUCAAGUUCUAUGCUAUCAAUGAGGAAAUGGCUGGUUCUGUUUUUACUUUGGAUGAUGGAUGUCUCAGUGACUGGUUUGGGGGCAUUCUAUUUUCAGCAGGACAACAGGCCAAUGAAGCAGUUCUAGAAAAACUAUCGUCCCUAAGUUUCACUAGGUGCAUUAUAAAUUCCUCUGAACUUUAUUAUAUUUAUAUAUAUAUAUAUCUUUAUGCCCGAUAAUUGGAAACUUGUUUAACUGCAAGUCUUUGAUCAGCUUGCUUCAAAAAUGUCCUAUGCUUCAAGUUCUUAUAAUUCAUAAUGUUGAGGACAAGGUUUGUGUUUAGUCAAAGCAUAGUUUCAUCUAUAUAACUUUGAUGUGAAAUUAACCAAUUUUUAUGAAAUAGAGUACUCAUAUUAGAAAUUACAUAUUAUUGCACUGUAAAGCAGUUAGUAUGGAAAAUGAAUAUUUUAUCUUAUUCAAGUGUUUUGUUGUCUACAGGAGCAAUCACCAGUACUAAGAUGGGCUCCAAGCGAUGUGUUCACAGUUGUCUUGUAUCCCACCUUAAGUUCAUUAAAUUUCAAGGAUUUCAGGGACUACAAGAUGAACUAUUUAUUAAGUAUGCUUUUCGAAAUGGUAUGGUUUUGGAGACUAUGAUAGUUUCUGAUAUUUCCUUGGACCAAAAGAAGUGCCAGAUUAUGAAAAGAUUAUCAAAUGUACGAAGGGCAUGUGGAAUGUGUCAACUUAAAUUUGCCCGAGCUGUAUCUCCUAAGGUGAUUCAUCAUCUGCUUUCUUUAGUAGCAGUAGCCUAUUCAAUGUUGAGUGGAGAAGGGCAGCUGUACACCUACAUGGUCCUCAUCUCCGAGACAACAACUCCCGGAGUCAAUUUGAGAUGGUAUCUUGAUGUAGCUGGAAUGAAAAGGUCAAAAGUGUAUCUCAUCAAUGGGGUUGUAAUAUUCAUUGGUUGGCUGGUUGCUAGAAUACUUUUGUUCGUGUACAUGUUUUACCAUGCUUACUUGCACUUUGAUCAGGUUCAGCAGAUGCACACCUUUGGACAAAUACUAGUUGUUGUGCCGGUGGUGCUGUCAGUUAUGAACUUGAGCUGGGCAACUUGUUUUCUUGACCUAUAUAAUCCUGAGGUAGAUUAUGAUGUCGAUGAUGAGGCUUAGGAGCUAGCUAGGUUAAUUUGUGUGAUGUUACAAUGGAUUCAUAUUAAUUAUGAUGUUUUGAAUUGUAAUGACUUGGUAUUUUGCUUGAAUGUUGAAUUAACAUUUCGGAUGAAUGACUUGGUAUUUUGGUUGAAUUGUAAUGACUUGGUAUUUUGCUUGAAUUGUAAUGACUUGGUAUUUUGCUUUAAUGACAUUUGAUCAUAUUAUGUAAUUGUAUUUUGGUUGAAUGUUGAA